AUGGCUGAACAAUUGAUACAGUAUGACGGCACUGAGUACAGAGCAGUGAAGGAAGGAUUGGCGUACAUUCUGAACCCCCCGGCUCAGGCUCCCGGUACGAAAAGGGAUCGCAAAGCUGACGAGCAAUCGCAAUCAGUCUUCUACAACCCUAUUCAACAAUUCAACCGGGACCUUAGUGUCCUUGCCAUUCGCGCAUAUGGGGAGCAUUUGCUGGCCUUGAAGAAACAGAAGGCCGAGAAGAAGAAGCAAAAGGCUGCGGCGAACGACUCCGCGAAGGGCAAGAAACGCAAGAGAGAAGAGGUCGAUGGCAAGGAACAAACGCAGGAUCAGAAUCAAGGCCAAGGGGAUCAGACUGCAGCACAGCAGGCAGAGCAGGACACGGCGCCAUCUUUUACGAUUCUAGACGCCCUCUCGGCUACGGGUCUGCGUGCCCUGCGAUAUGCUUCGGAGAUACCUUUCACUUCUUGCGUCGUCGCAAACGACCUGUCGCCCUCGGCCAUUGAAUCCAUGAAGACGAACAUCAAAUACAACAGUCUCGGCGAAAAAAUCCGUCCCAACACCGGGGAUGCGCGCUCUUACAUCCACCUAGGAAAAUUCGACGUGAUUGAUCUGGACCCUUACGGCUCUGCUGCACCUUUUAUGGACGCUGCGGUUCAGGGAGUCAAGGAUGGCGGUCUUCUUUGUGUUACCUGUACCGAUGCAGGUGUCUGGGCCUCGUACGGGUAUCCCGAGAAGUCGUUCGCCCUAUACGGCGGAAUCCCAGUCAAAGGACCGCAUUGCCAUGAAGGUGGCCUGCGUCUCAUCCUGCACGGGCUUGCAGCCUCCGCUGCGAAAUAUGGUCUCGCGAUUGAGCCACUUCUCUCCCUAUCGAUCGACUUUUAUGCCCGAGUCUUCGUCCGUGUCCACCGCUCUCCGGCCGAAGUCAAGUAUAUCUCUGGAAACAUGAUGAUGGUCUAUAAUUGCGAUGCUGGCUGUGGCGCGUGGUCAACUCAGCCUAUCACCCAGACGAAACAGAAGCUGGACAAGAAAGGAAAUCCGUUCUACCACUUCGGCUUCGCUCAGGGUCCGGUAGCAGAUAGUCGUUGUGGCCAUUGUGGCUCUAGGACUCACCUCAGCGGUCCUAUGUGGGCUGGCCCUCUUCACAAUGCACAAUUUAUCCGCAGAAUCCUUGAUAUGCUCCCCCAGGCAGAUAGGAACGUGUAUCACACGAUUGACCGGAUUGAGGGAAUGCUGACUACGGCAAUGGAAGAAGAUCUGAAUCUAGGAAUUUCUAAAUACCCCUUCUACUUCAGUCUUAGCGCCUUAUCCAAAGUCUUGCAUACAUCCACAAUUUCCAUUGAUGCCAUGCGUGGGGCUAUUCGACACCUUGGCUAUCGAUCAACCCGCAGCCACGCCAGACCGAAUACGAUUCGUACCGAUGCUCCUUGGGAGGUGAUCUGGGAGAUCAUGAGGGAAUGGGUGAGACAGAAGUCUCCCAUCAGAGAAGGCGCCCUAAAGCCCGGAAGUCCCGGCGCUGUCAUUAUACCGCACCCUAGCACGCUGGAGGUUGUAUUCGAUGAGGCCUUGGGUAGGGAGACGGCCAAGAAGCGACUGGUGCGGUAUCAAAUUAAUCCUCGUGAGAACUGGGGUCCUCUGAGCCGAGCAUCCGGAGGCAAGUAG